CACUAAUUGGGAAAUGGUCGGAACACAGGUGGCGCCGUGCACGAUCGUAGAUGCGACACUGUCGAAGCCUUUGCUACUACGUAGCAUAUCCACCCCAAAGUCUCUGCUUUGUUCCUGUGGAUCCCCUCCGCACGGUCAACUCUCAGUUGAAGUGGUACCUUCCCGAUUGUUCACUCGCAGUCCUGACAAGCUGAGUUCUUUUGUCCGGCAUCUAGUCGAUGGAAUCGAGCACAUUCAGAUGAAAAAUACUUCUUUGUUUACAAACGAAAUGUUUUCAUUGCAAAAAAACAACGGUGCUUGGUGUAAUAUCCUGUUCACUAACGAACAACUAACACCCUUUGCGCAUAUGUGGAGCGCAUUGAUACGCAUGAAUGAACUGUUCAACUCCCAUUCCGAAACGUGUUCCACCGUCAAACUUUGUGCCGUCACAGGUGGUUUGUGUGGAAAGAAUUCUUGUCCCUGUGCUGGGCUACAAAUACGUACCGGUAGUGUAGCCUCACUGGGUACGGACCAUUUGUAUUCGUGGGCUCCGUGUUCGCGUACUUUUGCAAUCGAAUUGACCAUGAGUUGGGCAAAACUAACAAUGGACGCGGACCAACCGUGGGAGCCAACGAGCGGCGUCACCAAUCUUUCUCAACCGUCGUUUGGUGUAUUGGAGAACUGGGUCGAUCUGUUGUUGCUUGGCCAACUGAGUGCACUGGCCACCAAUUCAGUGCAAGUAGAACCGGAGCCAGUGAGUUUCCUUGAGGAGUCUACCUGUCCGCUCAGUCCAGAUUCCGAUUCGACCGCGACCCAACAAGUGGAAGCUGUUGUGCUGAAGAACGAUCAGCUCAAUGACGCCUCUCCUAUCUCGGCUGUCACACGUCCCAACACACUGACAAUCGUUCUUCAUGACUCAAGUGAAGAUGACAUCACAUGCAGUGACCUUGACCCUAACUCAAAAAACUGGUCGAAACUAGCACAGUCCUGGGACUUGACAAUAGAGAAACGAAAGUGUGAACCGGGAACCAUUGUGAUCGAUAUGUUUAACCCAGUGUUGGACACGUUGUUGGAACAAGUCUUACACUUCCGACAGACAGUAUGCAACCGAUUUUAACUUUUCCCACAUUUUUUUAUCGAUUUGGACCAAAUAGGCUAUGUAAACCCAUUCUGAACUCUUUCCUGAUUUACUCGAUGUUAGAUUUUUCCACCUACCUCCUGCGUACUUUCACGUCCCCCCCCCCGCACCGCAGAUUUUACUCACAUCAUGUCCAUCCAUGUGAUUAUUUUGUUAGCUGUGUUUUUAUCGAUCUCGAUGUGUUUUGAUUCAUCAAUCGAAUUUUAUGUCCAGAUC